AUAGUGCAGUGUAGAACUACUGUUAGGGAAUAUCCCUUCAUUCUUACUGCCAUGGAGAGUGUUGUGAUCAACUGGAACCUCCUGUGUCUUGUCUUGUCUUAGGAACAGUGCUGCUCACCAAGCUGCUCAGAUUUUGGAGUCCCAAGCUAUCUAACAAACUGGUGGCAUCAAAGUUCCUCAACGAUGAAGGAGAAAUGGAAGCUCUCACUAACACGGAUUUUUCCACCAUCGGCUCCACCCCACGCAAUCGACUGGAUCACUUGGAAAUCAGAUUCUUACAAGCAAUUGAUUGGAGGCUGUUCGUAUCUAUGGAUGAGUAUUACCAGUUUGUCAGAAGUGUGGAAGGGAGAGUUGCACUUAACGAGGCGUGUCAGAGGGGGUGGUUCUCGUACACUGACCUUUGCGCUGUGUGGGGGGCGUCAGAUAACAUGGCCACCACCUCCAAGACCACUGCUAAGGUUGCCUGUGGAAGUGCUCUGCUCUAUCUGAUGUGUGUUGCUACCCUCUUUGCCUCCACCCCCACACCACCUGGCAACGACCUUUGUCCCCUGAUGUCUCUCGGAAACGACCUCUCCAACGAACUCUCUACGAACGUGGCCAUUUUUGACCCCCAAGCGACCCCACCUGUUUCGUUUAACAACCACUCAAAGCUACCACCUGAUCUGUCAAAUUUGAAGCCAUUACUGAAAACUUUUUCGAGUUCCGAUCCAAAGAAAAAUCUUCCUGAAAAUUCCUCACUAAAAUCUAUAAUUAAGAACGAUUUUGGACACCCCAUUUUUGACAAAUAUCCAAAAAUUCAAACUGAAGAAAUUUCACGCAAAUCAGAGAUCUUGAAUAUUACAUCAAACGAACCAAGCAACGUGCCUAGCAACGUGCUUAGCAACGGAUAUUUGGACCCUGGACUGUUUUUGUUAUUCAAUCUAACAGCUGUUCUUACAUUGCCUGAACUUUUGACCCCUGACAACCACUCAAAGGCUAUUUCGUCUCCCGGACAAUUUAACCCUCUAGUCUCUUUAUUAAUUCAUCCUGACGAGCAGCAGGCUCGGAAUAAUCAGUUUAACCCUCGUAUCGAUGCAGCUACCAAAGACGUCAUUUCGAAUGCUACAAGAGUUAACGCUAAAAUUAAUAGACAAGAUAAUUGGAAUUUGACCUCCGACCAUGGAUAUUUUAACCCCGCUAUCCCUCAAUAUCCUCGUGUAGAGCAACCGGAUCGUGAAAUACAAACUAACUACAUUGGACCUAAGGAGCACUUUCGUCAUAACGACCCAAAUAUCGAUAUUUCCGGGCAACCAUCGCAGAAUUGGAAAGAAUAUCAAUCCCCUGUGGUUGUCAUAGAAACCAUUCCCAUGGUUACAGCAUCGGAACUGUGGGACUACAACAUUCCGUUGAGAGUGGAAAAGAACAAUUUCACACUGAAACAUGUUUUAGGCAUGCUAGCACACAGCGUGUUGGCAUGGUAACCGUCUGUAGAGACUGGACUUUGUAGGCUGUAGAGUUAGUUAGCAUGAUAAUUAUUUUCGCCAAUUUUGCUCAGAAACAGAGAUACCUUAUAUAGCAUUAUAGCUGCUAUUGUUGGCACCUUUUUAAAUUUGGUGGCAUGACUUGAGGUUUAUUGAAUACUUGAGACUAUAAAUAAUUGCAGUACAUGUACUAGUAUUCUUUUUCCUGGCAAAUUUAUGUUACAGUGAAGUGUUGCUAUUAGAUAA